UACUUUCUCCUUCCUCCUUAAGAAAUUCACAACGUGGAAAGAAAUUCUGUGGGGAAACCAAACAUGUAAACGAGUGCAGCACUGAGAACGGAGGCUGUCAGGACCAAUGCUGUAACACCAUUGGCAGCUACCACUGCAAAUGUCCAGCUGGCCAGAAACUGGGGGAAGAUGGGAAAUCAUGUGGAGAUGUGGAUGAGUGUGCAGAGGUGAAUGGAGGCUGCCAGCAGGGCUGCAUCAACACCCACGGCUCCUUCCACUGCCACUGUCAGACAGGAUACAGGCUGCACUCCGAUGGGCGCACGUGCUUGAUGAUAGACCCCUGCACAAGUGGGAAUGGAGGAUGCUCACACAUCUGUCAAAAUGAGAGAGGAACUGCCAAAUGCGAGUGUCACCCAGGGCAUUAUCUUUCUACAGACAAGAAGUCCUGCUUAGACAUUGACGAGUGUGCAGAAGGGAGAGCCAGGUGUGCUCAUGGCUGUGUGAACACGCUGGGAUCCUUCACCUGUGCCUGUAAUCCCGGCUUCGAGCUGGGGGCUGAUGGGAAGCAGUGCUACCGCAUUGAAAUGGAGAUAGUGGACAGCUGCCAGAAGGACAACGGUGGGUGCUCCCACGGCUGCGAGCACACGGCAACAGGGCCACGCUGCUCCUGCCACGAUGGCUACGUGCUCAGCUCAGAUGGCAAGGCAUGCACAGACCUGGAUGAAUGCGAGACCGGCGAGUCGUGCUGCUCCCAGUUCUGCAUCAACUACGUGGGCAGCUACGAGUGCAGCUGUAGAGCAGGCUUCCAGCCCAGUGCUGACGGCUGUGGCUGCGAUGAUGUGGAUGAAUGUCGUCUUGAGAAUGGCAACUGCGACCACGUCUGCAUUAAUUCCCUGGGGUCAUAUGAAUGUGCCUGCAAGGAAGGGUUCCAGCUGGGCACUGACCGGCGCUCCUGCAUCGUGUUAGGAGGGGACUCAGCAGUGUCGGGCUUCGCAGGCGCUCCGGGGCUGCAGUUCAGAGGUGCCCCCCAGCUCCUGCACUACGUGCUCGGGGCCCUGCGUGAGGAUGAGGAUCAGCGAGGGGAGCUGACGCUGGUGCACAGAGCUGUUUGCCUUGAUAAUACUUUUGGCAAUGACUGCAGCUUGAGCUGUGAGGAUUGUAUGAAUGGAGGCAGAUGUAACAGUGAGAGCAGUGGCUGUGUUUGCUCACCUGGGUGGACCGGCAUUACCUGCAACGAAACCUGCUCCCAGGGCACGUACGGUGACGGUUGUGCCAGUACCUGCAAGUGCCAGAACGGAGGCUCCUGUGACCCCAUCACAGGGCUGUGUCGCUGCCCACCAGGAGUCCAGGGGCCAUUUUGUGAAGAUGGCUGUCCCAAGGGAUUUUUUGGGAAGAACUGCAACAAGCCAUGCAACUGUGCCAACAGCGGCCACUGCCACCGGCUGUAUGGAGCCUGCUUGUGUGACCCUGGGCUGUACGGACGCUUCUGCCACCUCACCUGUCCCAGGUGGGCUUUCGGUGUGGGCUGCUCACAGGAGUGUCAGUGUGUGAAGGAGCACACGCUGGGGUGCAGUGCACAGAACGGGACCUGCAGCUGCAAGCCUGGAUAUCAUGGCAAGAAAUGCCAGAAAGCAUGCACACCAGGCUUUUAUGGGGCUGGUUGCAAACUGAGGUGCAACUGUUCCACCAACGUUUUGUGUGACCACGAGACGGGAGCCUGCAAGCGUCCAUGCCCGCCUGGUUUCCAUGGAGAAAAAUGCCAUUCCUCCUGCAAUAGCGGCCACUGGGGACAGCGCUGCGAAAACUCCUGUGCCUGCAAUAACAGCGAUGGGAGCUGCGAUCCUGUCACCGGGUCCUGCUUCUGUGAGCCAGGAUUCACCGGGGAGCACUGCGAGCAGACUUGCCCAGAAGGAUUUUUUGGGCUUGACUGCCACCAGGUGUGCAACUGCAAGAACGCUGCAGGCUGUGACCAUGUCCUGGGGACGUGCCGCUGCCUCCCGGGCUGGAGGGGCGAGACCUGCGAGCAGCGUUAA